AUGUGGCAAGCAAAAGGAGGAAAUGGGACAAAGAAAGGAGCAGGAGGAGGAGGAGCAGCAGGAAAUGGUUUGGUGGCAGUUGCCAUAGACAAUCAGAAAGGGAGCCAAAAUGCACUGAGAUGGGCUGCUGAGAAUGUUAUCACCAGGGGUCAAACUGUAAUUCUACUACAUGUUGUUCAGAAGUCAUCUUCAACAUCUUCAUUGGCUGGAAACAACGCCCUUAUUUGUGAUGUAAGCAAUCCAUCUCAAUCGCCACGCAAACAGCAGCUUGAGAAGAUGACCAAGGAUCUGUUUCUUACCUUCCAUUGCUAUUGUACGCGUAAGGAUAUAAAUUGCCUUGAUAUCGUACUUGAAGACGCGGAUAUAGCAAAAGCAGUAACAGAGUAUGUUUCUUAUGCUGCAAUUGAGAAUCUGGUUCUGGGAGCUCCAGCAAAGCAUGGAUUUAUCAGAUUCAAGACAUCAAGUAUUCCAAGUAGUGUAUCGAAAGGGGCACCUGAUUUCUGCACUGUAUAUGUCAUCUCCAAAGGGAAGAUCUCCUCGGUGCGAAAUGCUUCUCGUGCAGCACCAUACAGUUCUCCACUAGUAAACCAAAUAGAUUCAUUAAAUAAGCAAAGUUGUAAACCACCUGAAACACCUAGAUACAACAAUAUGUAUUUAAAAGCAGCUAGACCGUCGUUCAAGCCUCGUAACUUGCAAGAUGAAGCAAACAGAUUGGGAUUAACAAGAGGAGGUUUUAGUAAUGGGAGGAUUAGUGGAGGAUUCUCAGAAUCGGAAAGCGACAUAUCAUUCAUAAGCUCAGAAAGGGCAAGCACUGACCGUGCUUCUUCUGUGACGUAUGAUUUUAUGGAUACAAACCGAGGACGGCUAUCUACUAGUUCAGAUCAGAGCUUCGGGUCAAUGCGUCAAGGACCUAAGUUCGCAGACCUCAGUUCUCUGCAUGAUUUUUCAUCGGUUUCACAUGAAAGCAACCUAACAUCGUCUUCAUGGUCAUCACAGAACCUGGACGAAGUCGAAUCUGAGAUGAGGAGACUAAAGCUAGAGCUGAAGCAAACAAUGGACAUGUACAGUACAGCAUGUAGAGAAGCACUGUCAGCUAAACAGAAGGAAAUGGAGCUGCACAAUUGGAGGGUUGUAGAGGAGCAAAAACUAGAGGAGGCACGACUGGGUCAAGAAGCUGCAAUAGCAGUUGCAGAGAAAGAAAGAGUUAGGUGCAGGGCAGCCAUGGAAGCAGCUGAUGCUGCUAAAAGAAUUGCACAGUUGGAAUCACAGAAACGAGCAAAUACAGAAAUAAAGGCCCUCAGAGAAGCAGAGGACAUGAGGAAACUAUUAGAUAAUCUAGCCCAAACCGAUGACAAAUACAGAAGAUAUGCUAUUGAGGAGAUUGAGCAAGCAACAGAACACUUUGCCCCGUCUCGAAAAAUUGGGGAAGGAGGUUAUGGUCCUGUCUUUAAGUGCUAUCUUGAUCACACACCAGUUGCAGUAAAGGUCUUGCGUCCGGAUGCUGCUCAAGGAAGGACACAGUUUCAGAAAGAGAUUGACAUACUUAGCUGCAUUCGACAUCCCAACAUGGUACUACUUCUAGGAGCCUGCCCAGAGUAUGGCGUUUUAGUCUAUGAAUAUAUGGCCAAUGGAAGCUUAGAGGACUGUCUCAUAAAGAGAGGGAACAAUCCAGCUCUUUCUUGGCAACUCAGGUUCCGAAUCGCUGCUGAGAUUGCCACAGGCCUCCUCUUUCUUCAUCAGACCAAGCCAGAACCCUUAGUGCACCGUGACCUCAAGCCGGGCAACAUUUUGCUAGAUCACAACUAUGUGAGCAAGAUUAGUGAUGUUGGAUUGGCCAGACUUGUCCCAGCUGUUGCUGAAAAUGUGACACAGUGCCUCAUGACAGCAACAGCUGGAACAUUCUGCUAUAUUGAUCCUGAGUAUCAACAGACAGGAAUGCUUGGUGUAAAAUCUGAUGUCUACUCCUUAGGCAUUAUUCUUCUCCAAUUGCUAACAGGUAGAUCGCCGAUGGGCUUGGCCCACCAUGUCGACAAGGCCAUUGAAAAGGACACAUUUGAAAAGAUGCUGGACCCAGCUGUCCCUGACUGGCCAGUGGAAGAAGCCUUAAGCCUUGCAAAGCUAGCAAUCCAAUGUGCAGAACUCAGACGAAAAGACAGGCCAGAUCUUGGCACUGUGGUACUGCCAUCACUAAAUAAAUGGAGAGAACUUGCUGAAGAUAGGAUGAACCACAAGUUAUUAGACGGCAAUAAUGGUCUUUCCCCACAUCACAGUCAUGUUCCCGAUCAACAGGAAGUGAUGAGUGAUCCACAGCUCAAUAAUUCAGGAACCUCAAAGAGCCAAUCAAGCACAUCUUCACAGACAGAAAAUCAAGCAGAAGCAGGGCCAACUGAAACUGAAUAA